AAAAAAGAACGAACGGACAAACGAACGUAUGUAACUAUGGCAGUAAAAUAAAAGUGCGCAUUUAAUUUAUGCAAAUUAAAUAAGUAAUUAGUGCAGAAAAUCAAGUCAAUUGUGAUCGGUUAAUAGAAUAAAACAAAUUCCAAAAUGUGCAACUAUCGAGCGGUCAUGUUCUGGCUCUGGCUGUCGCUCUGCCUCUGCCUAUAUAUGGCGUCAGCAGUGAGAGCAGGCGACGUCAUGGCUGGUGUAACAACGCAAAAUGUUUUGCUCGAGGCCGCCGCCGAGAACGGUAAAAAGGCGACGAGUAGCGGUGAAAUAUGUGGACGCAUGUUGCGACAUGUCUUCGAGAACGCGACCCCACGUGACGAGCUGGAGGCGGGCAUCUUUGAAGAGUACAAACCGGAUGCACAACACGCCAAUGUGCUCCUCGAUGAGGAAUCUUAUCUGUGGAGCUGCCUGGAUGCCUGCUGUGAGAAAUCACAGAACCAGACGGGCACAGGCAACACGGCCUGCAAUGUCGUAAUGCUCUACAAACGUAAAUGUUUCCACAUACGCUGCGUCAGCAACGAAGGCUGUCUGCCCAAGGAGCGGGGAGCGCGCAACGGUGCGGACAAAGCGCAAAUGGUGCUUGUCAAUCCCAUAGGUGAGGGCAAGAGCUGGACUCAGCUGUUGAAACAAGCAAAAGCCAAUGCCGAAAUACUGCCCUAUGACGAGUUGGCGGCGCAGAGCGCCCUUAACUUCUGGAAACAGCCGCGACGCAUGCAAUACCUGGCCCGCCAGCAGGACAGUCAGGCAUACGAUGAGGAUGAUUUUCCCAUAGCGGAGAAGCGCAUGAAGCAGCUGUUGUUGCCGCCCGAGGAGAACGAAGACGAACUGUCAUAUUAUGGCAGCUCAGAUGCCGCCAACUUGCUGGCCUGCGACAUUGAGAAUCCGUGCCCGUUGGAGGAGAAGUGCGUGCCACUGCAAGCGAAUGCGCUGACUGGGAUUUGCAGUUGCCUGCACGGCUAUGUGCGCAACAAGCUGAGAAAGUGUGUGCUACAGCCUAUGCCCUACACCGCCUAUUUGGGUAGCAAUGAGGCAACUCCCCAGGAGCGUAGCGAGGGUGCAAGUAGCGAAAAUGUGCCACAAAUAUCGCCUGCUCAGGAGAACAGCAAAUCAACAGCAACCGCGAGCAGCAAGGAUAUUGUUGUCUCGGUCAUGUCCAAGGAGGUGCGACUGCCCGAGCAGGAAGUGACCUUAGCUGCCUUCACUGUGCCCGACGAGCAGACGAGUGGCACGAAAUAUAAAUAUUUAUGGACGCUAAUCACGCAACCCAAGGGUCCAAUGAAUGGCACCAUCUCGGAUCAGAGCAAGCCGAAAGUGAAGCUCUCGAACCUCUCCGAAGGUCUCUACACCUUUAAAGUCACCGUAACCGGAGACAAUGGCACGUUCGGUGAGACGGAUGCCAAUGUUACGGUGCUGCCGGAGAAGCGCAUCAAUCAGGCGCCACAGGUGGUCAUCUCACCCAAGGAACAGAUUAUACGACAGCCCACAACCAAUGCCGUGCUCGAUGGCAGUCCCAGCACAGACGAUGACAAGAUUAUCAACUGGCAUUGGGAGGUCAUAUCGGGUCCGAUUGGCUAUCAACCCCAACUGCCGGACGUCAAUACGCUGCAGCUCACCGAUCUGACCUCGCCGGGCAACUACACCUUCAAGCUGACCGUUACGGACUCGAAUAAUAUCACCAACUCCACCACAGCUAUGAUUGCGGUGCUCAAGGAGACGGACUAUGCUCCGGUGGCCAAUGCCGGCGAUCCUGUAAUACUCUAUCUACCCAAUAACAAUGUCACUCUGAAUGGCACUGCCAGCUCGGACGAUCACGAGAUUGUCGCCUGGGAAUGGACCAAGGAUGCAAGCGAUGAAGCCAAGGCUGUAGAUAUGCAGAAUACACGCACACCCUACGUACAGCUAUCGAAUCUGGAGGAGGGCAUGUACACAUUCGUGCUGAAGGUCACGGACGGCAGUGGACAGUCGAGUACGGCUAAGGUGCACGUGUUUGUAAAACCACCCACCAAUUCUCCGCCUGCCGCCUCAGCAGGCGCCAAUUCGACGACGAAUUUGCCCAUCAAUUGGGCGCUCCUAAAUGGUUCGGAAUCUAAAGACGACAUUGGCAUUAAGAGCUAUCAAUGGAAGCAGCUAAGUGGACCCAACAAUGCGGUCAUUUUGAAGUCAAAUAGUUCGCUAGCCAAUGCCACCUCGUUGACCCUCGGUCUCUACCAAUUCGAACUAACUGUCUCUGAUGAAAACAACAACUCGGCCAGUGACACUACUUGGGUUAAAGUCGUGCAGGAACGCAAUGCGGCGCCUGUGGCUAAUGCUGGUGGCGAUCAUAGCAUUACCUUGCCUGCCUCUGCUAUCUAUCUGAAUGGUUCACAGUCCUGGGAUGAUCUGGCAGUCGUGAAAUAUGUGUGGACGCGUGAGGAUAACAGUCUGGCCGCUGGUGUUAUAGUUGGAGAUACGGAUAAGCAGCCCGUCAUGAUUCUGACCAAUCUCGCGCAUGGACGUUAUGUCUUUAAGUUGACGGUGAGCGAUGAGCAGGGUUUGACGAGCUCGGACACUGUCAGCAUUAAUGUCCAUCCCGAUCCCAUGCUCAUGCAUUUGGUGCAAAUGACUCUACCCAUGGGCAUUACUAUUCUAUCACAGAGCGAGCUGGACUCGAUUGUACAGAAGCUACAACUACUGCUGGGCGAUGACAACAAAAUCCAAAUACGAGAACUCAAGUAUGAUCUACAUACGGAGGCGGCGGUUCUGGUAUUCUAUGUAAUGGCCAGCGAUGCCAAAGGUGGGGGUCAGGCCAAGCCUGUGGAUGGCCUAUAUGUUGAGCGUUUGUUGCGCUCGAAAUUGCAACGCGAUGCCUCCAUACUGGGUGCUCUAUUUGUGGACAUCCGCUCCACGGUUUGCCAGAAUAAGUGCUCCAAUCAUGGCUCCUGUAAUCCCACAACUCGCGCCUGCAUAUGCGAAGCUUUCUGGAUGCCUUCAGCAGAUUACUUUUUCGGCUCCAAUGAGGCCAAUUGCGACUGGUCCAUACUCUAUGUGUUUGUGGGCGUCAUAACCGGCUGUCUGCUGCUCUCUGGCAUAUUUUGGGGCAUCGCCUGCGCCUGUCGGCAGUCCAAGAAGCCGCGCAUGCGCCAAAAGGUGCAAAAAUAUGCGCUCAUAGGCACGCAGGAUGAAGAGGCCGCUAAUUAUUCACGCACCACCUCGCUAACCGAAUCGGAAACGGACUCGGAUGUUCUCUUCGAGACCCGCACCAAGCCCAAUGGCCUUGGCAAGCACAAAGCCCACAAUUCCCAUGGCGGGGGAGCCGCUAAUCAGCAUAGCAACAACAAAUACGCUGUCACAAAGUUGGGCCGCAAAAUCAAAGCGUAGACGAGAGCUCUAUAAUAUGUUAGUUCAAACAUAGUGUGUGUGAUAAAUAUUUGUAUUUCUAUAUAUACAUAUGUAUACUUGUAUAUUUUAUACUUGCCGCAAGUCGCUGUCGCGUCUCUAAGUUAUAUUUGAUGUUCCUUCUCUUUUAAUGCAAUGUGUGUGUGUUAAUUGUAUUAUUAUUUAUUCAUUUAAGCUGCUGCCAUGCAACAAACAUUCCUUUAAAUAUAAUUUUUUAUAUGUUUUUACGUGUAUAUAGCGAUAGAAAUCACAAUCAAUGUAAUAAAUUACAUAUAACUGCUUAAAAA